AAUGAAAAUCGCUGAAUGGCGACAUCAAUAUCUAACGUAAAUGUGUCUAUCUUGAACAAAAAAUAAAGAAUUAAGCACCUUUUUAAAUAAAAGAGCAUGAACCCUUCAAGUACAAGAUGAAAAGAAGUAAUAAUACUAUACAGCUGUAAUUUUGAUAGUCUGACCUAAAGCUUCAUCUUAAAUGGAGGUUGAUACAAGUCCAUCAUCACCAUCUGAUCAGCCAAAUCCUGAUUCAUCACAGGCAAAGGAUAUCAGCUUACAUGAUUCACAUACUGAUCAACCACAAUCUGUAGAUCAGGAAGAUGGAUCAACGGCUGAAGUCAUAGGAGACAAUGAUGAUUUAAAUAUGCCAUCAUCUCCAAGUUCUACUUUUAAAGAAGAACAUGUAAAUGGUUCUCAGCAAGAAGAACAAAUGGAAUUUGAGGAAAAAGAAAGCAAGUUAGAUGAAUCACAGGACUAUGAUAUGAAAUCUCCGGUUUCAGCUGAUAUUAGCACAGAAAUUAAUGCAAGCGUGUCACAAUCACAAUCACAAACCAGUGAAUUAGACAUUUGUAAUCUAAGUACAGAUAUAGAGGAUAAAAUGGAUGCUCUGUCAGAUUUAAAAGACAGCGAUUUUGAUACGUCUCGAGUUACUGACAGUGAAGAGAUCAAAUCAGAACAGUUGAAUGAUUCAGUAUAUACAGAUGAAAAGGAUACAACUCUUGUUGAACAAGACCAGGAUUCUGAAAAUGAAUUAGAUUUGACAAGUUCACCAGACAAAUCUUUUCUUCAAUCAGCUAACAAUGAGAAUUUUGAUACCUCAACGCAAUCACCAAAAAUGAAUGAUGAUCAAGAAGUUAAAAAUCAGGAGUCUGAUAUAAGUUCAGAUGAAGAAAAUUUUGAUAGUAAUCAAGAAGAAAUGACUUCAAGUAAUGUUGAUAUUAAAGAUUCACAACAAGAAGAUGAUUCAAAUGAAAAUAUCACUGAAAACAUUAACAAGGAAGUUUCUAGUACUAAUUUAAGUCAUAGUGAUGAAUCAGAUGGAAAGUUAUCUGAAGAAAAUCUUGUCCAAGAUGGUCACAUUUCAAGUGUACAACAGCUUCAACAAACAGAAGAUAUAGAUUCACCUGAAAACAGCGAUAUUGAAUGCUCACCACAAAGAGAAGCUAGACAAAGUCCGCAAAUGGAAUCAGAAAAAAUAUUUGACCAAGUUUCAGAUGACGGGGAAUCUCAAGAUUUUAAAAACUUUCAAUCAAAACAGAACGACAUGCUUGGUCCAACCUCACCAGUUUCAGAUGAGAGUGAUUUUGAACAAGAAGAAACUUCCCAUGGUUUGAAAAAGAGUGAAAUUGUAGAAGCUGCAUCUCCAGUGUCUGAUAAUACUGACAGUGAACAGGAAGAAGGGGAGGUAACUCAAAGUAGAAAUAAAGAUUCGGUUUUAGGACCUGCAUCCCCAGUAUCUGAUUCUUGUGAUACAAAACAAAGAAAAGGUUCUAAUAAAAGCAUGGAUUCUAUGUUAGGACCAGCAUCCCCUGUUUCUGAUAUAAGCGAUAAAGAACUAGGAGAAAUAACUGAAUCAAAGACAAUUGAAUCUGCAUUCGGACCAACUUCCCCUGUGUCUGAUUUGAGUGAUAAAGAACAAGGGGAAGUUAGUGAAAAUAGAAAAGUUGAUUCUAUGAUUGGACCUGCUUCUCCAGUUUCUGAAGAAAGUGAUCAGGAACUGGAAGAAGGGGAAACUAAACUCUCUAAAUAUGAUCUCAGUGGACCUGCUUCUCCUACUUCUGAUGGUGAAUUGUCUCCCCCUUCUCCUGUGUCUGAAAAUGGAAGUUUUCCCAGUGAUGGAGAAAAGGGUCCAAAAUCCCCAGAUGGUCCUGGGUCACCAUCAGAAGAUGGAGAAAAGUUACAAAGUAAGGUUCCAAAUGGCAUUUCUUCAUUCAAUGAUCGUCCAGCUCAGCGAUUGGAGAAGGAAUAUAAAGACAUAUCUGAUGAUGAUUCUUUUAGUGACGAAGAAAAACCACCGAAAGGAAUACUUGUCACAGAAAAAAGUGCUAAAAAUAAACAUAGUGAAAAAGUUAGGUCUCAUAUUAGUAUUGCUGAUGAUCAUGGCGAAUUAGAUUACAUGGACGAAGAUGAAGACGAGGUUGGAAAAGAUGAAAAAGACAAGUUUGAAGACAGCAAAGAUGGUGAAGAAAAGAAAGAUCUUAAUGAACGAGAGGAUGGAGAACAUGACUCUGACAAGGAUGAUGGCGAAGUUGAAGAUGAUGAUGACUGUGAAGAAGGAGAAAUAAAAGAACCUGGUAGUCGGAAGCCAUUUGUUAAACCUACGUGUAGAUUUUUUAUGAGAGGGCUGUGUACUUGGGGCAGUAAUUGUAGAUUUUUACACCCUGGUGUUAAUGACAAAGGGAAUUACAGACUGUUUGAAGAACCUGGAGACAAGUCAGCACCUCCACCAUGGGAAGAGAUGGAAGAGGAAGACUUGCCUCCACCUCCUCCUCCACCACCUAAAGCUGCACCUGUAGAGUCUGCAUGGGAGAGAGGAUUAAGACAUGCAAAAGAACUGAGGAAAAAAGCUCACAAAAGAAAAGAACAAGAACCUGACUUUGAAGAAAAGAAAUUGAAUUUGUCUGUGGAUGAAGAGAGAGAAUUCAAUAAAGAAAAUGACAGACAGAAUCCCUUUUAUGAAGACCAAGUAUAUGAUGACGAAUAUUAUGAUAAAGUGCCAUUACAUCGUACUCCAGUGGAGCCGCCACCAAAUAUGUGGCAUCCAGCACAAUAUGAAAAUUUUGAAGUCAGAUGGAACAGGGAACCAGAAUGGAUGCCACCUCCUUAUAUACCAAGAGAAAGAGAACAUUUUGAUUAUCCUGCACGACAUUAUUCACCGCCACAUAUUCAUAGAUAUGAAAAAAGAAGAGAAAUUGAUCGACGGAAAGAUUACACAGAUGAUAGAGUCAAUAAUCAACCACCACAAACAUUUAACAGACCCAGAGCUGCUGAUCAUUGGCAGGAUCCAUGGCAACGGUCAAAGUCUCCUAAAAAUAAAGGCAGAAGUUCACGAAGUCAUUCCAGAGCUCGACGGAAGAAUCGUCGUUCACAUAGUUAUUCAUCCUCAUUUUCAUCCAGUUCAUUCUCAGGGUCCUCACGUUCUGGUUCACGGUCUUCUUCAUACAGUCGUUCAUACAGCAGAAGUUCGUCAGGCAGUCGUUCAUCAUCAGCUAGUUCAAAAAAUUCAAGAUCACCAUCCAAGAGCCCAGUAAAAAGACGUAAUGUUCCUAAGAGACCUCCAAAGUCUGGACCAGAUGCUACUAAAACUGCAGGUCAGAAAUCAAAAGCACCAAAGAGUCCAACAAAAAGACGAUCCAGUGCACAGGCUACGUCUCCUAAGAAACAACCCUCAGGAGCUGGUCCUCCUUUGCAACCUUUACCCCCAGGAGGAAGGGGGAGAGGCAGAGACAGAAAUGUUCCUAAACCUGCAGGGAGAGGAAAAGGUAGAAAAAGAAGUUCAAGUGGAAGCAGUUUCUCAAGAAGUCAUUCAUCAGGGUCAUCUUCAUCCCGAUCAUCUAGUGCUAGUAGUAUAUCAUCAGGCAGUAGUCAUUCAACAAGUACCUCUAGUGGAAGUGCUGACUCCGAACAUUUAUACCGAGGAGUUGGAGGUCGUGGCAGUUCUCCAUCACCUUCUCCCAAGAAAAAACCCAUUAAAAAGAAAAAACCUCCACCUGCUGGGAACAAAAAGCAAUCACCAAGAGUAGCAAGACAAAGUAGUCGGGGCGAUGGUAAAGGGCCACAAGGUCCUGGAUUAACCAGCAAGGCUAAAGAUAUGUUAAAGGUCACAGGUCAAAAGCCAAAUAUUAAACUUACACUUCUAGGCAACAAGAAGGCUAGUGAUAAACCAUCAGAGUCUGCUCCAGCAGGGAAGAAACGUCCAGCAGAUACCAAAGCAGGACCUCCUGCCAAAAGACAAGCAGUCAAACCUCCUCCAGAACCUGUACAAAAUGUUCCACCAAAACCUGUUAAAGUUAAACAAGAUAAGCAGAAAUCACCUGUUGUUGCCAGUAAACCAGUGCCGGCACCCAUUCCUAAGGCAGCUCCUCCAAAGCCAGCAGUAUCUCCAACAAAAACGCCAGUAAAACCACCACUUGCACAAGUUGCUGCACAAAAGGAGAAAAAGAGCACACUUAAUCGACGAGAGGAAUUGUUAAAACAGUUGAAAGCUGUAGAAGAUGCUAUAGCCAGAAAACGCUCAAAGAUGCAAUAGUCAUGUAUUUUUAAUUUAGUAUUAUUUAAUUCUGUAGCUUUAUGUAAAAAAAUUAUGCGAAUAAAUUAAGUGCAUUUAAUUAUUAUUUUAUUGUGUUCUGAAAGGUAUGAGAGUAAACUUGUAGAGAUUUUUUGAUAUGUUGAAUGUAUUACAUUUUAAAGUCUAUAUUGAUCAUGUAAUUGUGUGAAUGAUGAAGAUUAAAAAAAUGAGUUUUACAUUACAGUGCAAAACAUUAGGUUUUAUAAAACAUGUGUCUCAAAAACAUCCAUCAUCAUAUAGUUCCAUUGUUUAACUCAUUAAAAUUAUUUGGAGCAUUAUAAACCAUUUAUCCAUAUAUAUUCCAGGCUCUUUUAUGAUACACAGUUUCCAGUUUUCUUUCAAUAAAAGGGGUAAGGGAUGUAUAAAAUUUAUUUGAAAAAAAAUGGAGCUGACACAUUCAUGGAGGAAGUUGAUUUCUUUACAGGUGUUUUGUUUUUGAUGUAAUUAGUGCUUUUGAAUGAUGUGAAAGAGAAACUUCGGUUUGUAAAUAUUUUUUCACUAUAAUGUGAUAAGAAGAUUUUUAUCUUGUAAAUAUGUACAGCAAAAUAAGGAGUUAUUUGUAAUAUUAUAUGAAGAAAUGAAUGAAGUACAACCUAUAGUUUUUUACCUGCUUCUCAAGAAUGCAGUCAUGGCUGUGUUACAAUUAUUUACGGUUGAUGACUGCAUUUAGAGUUUGUUAAAAUCUUAUGAUGUAAAACUUAAAAUUACCUAGAUAUUAGAUAGUAUGUAAGAAACAUGGAAUUUUUGAAACGUUUUAGACACAUUCAAAGGCGAUGUAUUUUUCGUCCCCCUUUUUUAUGUUGAGUUGCUUUCUCUAUCACAUAUACCCCUUAACCUCCUUUUAUUUAUAGGUGUUCUUAGUUUUUUUAUUCAAUAGGAUGUAUUGAAAUUGAUUAUUGGACAUCCGCAAAUAUUUGAACUCUAAUAUAGUUAUUUUUCAUGUGUCUUACUGCAAGUAUCUGAGUUCUCUCCCUUUUGUUAACUUUAUACAGUGCAUUCUACAGAAUUAACAUCUCAUAUCAACGCAGAUUAUUUUAAACAUCACCAGCGAAGUAAAAAGUAAAAUUUGCAUUUGAAACAGUCUAAAUUUGAAUAUUUUCAAAGUGUUUUCAAAUUUUCAGAAGUAAAUGUUGAAUAUUUAUGUUCUUCAAUAUAUCGUUUUUAUGUUCAAGACAUUGACCUUUUACAGGUUAUACAGCUGUUAAAUGGCAAACAAUGUAGAACUGUUUGACUCAAAACAUGCUCAGAAACUUUAAUCCUCAAUCCUUGGUUAAAAAAAUAUUCUUAGAGGAAUAGUCAUGACUGUCUCAUUCCUAGCAAGAAAAAUAUUAUGUGUGCCACUCAUGCUCUAUACUAAUUUGACAAUGCUUUUUAUGAAUUAACUUCUAAUGACCUCACAGUCAAAUUGUUGUCACUAAGCCAUAGUCAAUAUUUACAGUUCUCUACAGCCUUUAUUGAGAUGAGUCUAGUUGUUUUCGGUAGCUUUGGUUUAAAAUGAAUCUGCAUAGCCAAAAAUGCUUUGAAAAGUACCUCUUCCUGCCAUUGAUUUUACUAUUGCUUUCUGAAAAAAAAAUAUAUAUACAAUAAGAAUAUUUCGACUUUCCAACCCCGAUUCCCUCUCGUGGUGUUUCUGUGGUAUGUUACUUAAACAUUAAUGUGAUAAACAGUUUUUAAUGGUAACAUUUUAACUGAUGCUGUACUGAAAAUAAAAAGAAAUAAAGUCACUUAUGUUUUCUUAUUGGUCGUUUAUUAUUUUUUGUUUCUUAAAUUUAAAACAUCUUCAUGGUCAUCACAAUACAGACAAUAUUGGACAGUUUUUAUUGAUCUUAUCUGAUUUUGUUUGUGCUAUUGAUUAAAGACCUCUGACAUCUUACGAUUUUUGCAAAUAUCCCAGUUGCAUGUUUGGCGUAAGUCUAUUUGGUAAAAAAAACAUGUAGUUAAGGGUUUUUCUUGAUGAUAAUAUGAAUAUGACCAGAGAGGUUGCUCAUUUAUGACUUUUUCUCCCUUUGUAUGUGAAUAAAAAGUGAUAUGGGGGAAAUGUAUUAUUCCAUUUCAACAACAGCUGGCUACCAAAAACGCAACAUAUCAUCACAUGUUAUUCAUGAAUGAUUGUAAAACACAUUUACACCACAUGAAAUCAGGAAGUCAUCAAGUGUUUCCACUCAAUAUAGCAGAACACAGAUUUAUUUUGAUUUUGUGAUUUAUUGUCUUUCACAUUAUUUCACCCACAUAACUUAAAGAAAUGGAUAUUGGAGGGGGUGGGGUUCAAUUUAACAUCCAGCAGAUAAUAUCUCAGGUUAGUAUAUGUAGGUACUCUUGAUUUGGAAUUUGGAAAAUUAGACUUAAAAUUUAUGCCAUAAUUAUUUUAUCUUUUUUAAAGAUCUUCGGAAAAAACACUGGGUACUUAUUUCUAAGUGACUGACUAUUUCCCCACAAGUACUUUACAGUAAAUAUCUGCUUUUGGUAAUGCUGUUAAAAGUGUUAAAAUUAACAGAUAACGAAAUUAGUAUAAACUGUGUGGGUAUUCAAUUGUGAUUUGUAAACAGAAACCAUUUUUUAUUGUACAUUACCAACUUCAAAAGAGUACAAUAUAAGAAAUUGUAUGUUGUAGUCGAAAUUUAUGAAUGAUUGUAAAACAAUAAAUUCUCAAUAUAAA